AUGAAUAAAUCAUAAUAAGAAGCUAUUCAAAAGAACCAUUAUGGCAAACUAGAAUUUUGGGAAAGAAGAUAUUCAGAGUAUUAUAUACUUAUUAUUCUAGAAAUGAUAAGCCAUUUGAAUGGUAUUAAAAUUAUGAUACCUUAAAAGAUAUUGUUACACAAUAUAUUAAUCACAAUAGUCGUAUUCUUAAUAUUGGAUGUGGAAAUUCAAGUAUCAAUAUUCAUAAAUUAAUUUAUAGAUAUUCCUGAAGACAUGUACAAGGAAGGAUAUUAAUGGAUUGUUAAUCUAGAUUUCUCUAAAACAGUUAUUGAAUUUAUGAAAGAGAAAUAUAAGUCUUACCCUGCUCAUUUUUAAUGUAUUCACUUAUAUCUUAUAUAUAGUUGUAUUGGCUGAUGCAAGAGAUUUACCAUUUCCAAAUGAAUCAUUUGAUUGUGUCUUUGAUAAAGGUUUAUUAGAUGCUGUUUUAAGUGGAGACUAUUCAGCCCAGAAUUCAAAAAAGGUGAUCAAUCACAUCUACAGAGCAUUAAAAAAAGAUACUGGUGUAUAUAUUAUAGUAUCUCAUGGAUUCCCUGAAUAGAGACUUCCAUAUCUAAGCAAGUCAGAAUAUAAUUGGAAAGUGACAUACAGUAAAGUAUAUAAACCUGAUGUCAGAACCAAAAGUUUGGAAUUUGAUGCAACAGAUCUAAAUAAUUAUCAUUUCAUCUAUGUUUGCAAAAUGGAUAGAUAUCAAGGUUAAACUGCUGCUUAAGUUAUUGGAAUUUGAUUAUAUUUUACAGACUUAAGA